AUGAGGGAGUACAAGGUGGUGGUGUUGGGCAGCGGCGGCGUGGGCAAGUCCGCCCUGACCGUGCAGUUCGUCACCGGCACCUUCAUCGAGAAGUACGACCCCACCAUCGAGGACUUCUACCGCAAGGAGAUCGAGGUGGACUCGUCCCCCUCGGUGCUGGAGAUCCUGGACACCGCCGGCACCGAGCAGUUCGCCUCCAUGCGGGACCUCUACAUCAAGAACGGGCAGGGCUUCAUCCUGGUCUACAGCCUGGUCAACCAGCAGAGCUUCCAGGACAUCAAGCCAAUGAGGGACCAGAUUGUCCGAGUGAAGAGAUAUGAAAAAGUUCCUCUAAUCCUAGUGGGGAAUAAAGUGGAUCUGGAAUCUGAGAGGGAGGUCUUAUCUGCAGAAGGCAGAGCUUUGGCUCAGGAGUGGGGCUGUCCAUUCAUGGAAACAUCGGCCAAGAGUAAAACCAUGGUGGAUGAACUGUUUGCUGAGAUCGUCAGGCAAAUGAACUAUGCGUCCCUGCCUGAAAAACAAGAUCAGUGUUGUACAACUUGCAUCGUCCAGUGAGAAAAAAUAAAGAAAAACCUCAAUCAUGGCCAUACAGAGCAG